AGCAGGUUCAGCAAGUCCGUCCCCAUUUUCACUGUCCAACCAGCACUUUCAGCCAUUUGGCGUAUUAUUCCAUUUAGUCUCCAUCCAUGCCAUUCACCUUGUCCAACUUCUUGGGCGACCCCUUUGCCAUAUCCACCGUGUCGUUCGGAGUCAUCUCGUGGGUAGUCACAGUGGCUGGUGCCGCUGCUGAUGCCUCUCACGUGCCCCACUUCACCUGGUGGGGCCUCGUCUACCAGAUCCUCAUGAUCUUGGUGAUCUUCGGGUUGUACUUGAACAACAACAUCGAGCUCUACAAAUUCACGCUUGUGGGCCUCUUGUCGGUGGGGUUCGUGUACCUGACCAACUCCAUCAACAGCUUGAUCUACAACUCGGGGCUGUCGGGCAACUUGUGCUGCGCUGCCGGGUGCAUCUUGUCGUCAAUCCUCAACUUGAUCUGGAUCCUCUACUUCGGAGGCCAUCCAGAGUCGCCCACCAACCAGUUCAUCGACUCGUUCUCCAUCAAGUCCCAGUCCCACAACCACGGCCACUUGUCGUCGGCCAACGAUAACCAGAAGCUCCACGAAAUGGACGAGGAAGAGGAGCACGAGUACAAGCCCUACGGCACCGAGAUCCCACCCCUUGGAACCUUCCAGGACAGCAAUUUGAGACAGUCCCAAAUCACCACCGGCAACAAGAAAAACACCCCCUACAUGUCGUCCUCCCAGUUGAACGGCUUGGAGAACUUCUCGUCCGCCGAUGUCCACCAGGGCAGAGACCUCACCACCGGCGCCCAGCCCAAAACCGUGUUCAACGAGCCCCAAAACUUGGGCGCCUCCGCUGGAACCAUCCCCUUCAGAUACAAGGCCCGCGCUUUAUACUCGUACGACGCCAACCCCGACGACAUAAACGAAAUCUCAUUCGUCAAGGACGAACUCUUGGAAGUCGAUGACAUAGACGGAAAAUGGUGGCAGGCCAGAAGAGCCAACGGCCAGGUCGGUAUCUGUCCAUCGAACUAUGUUAAAUUAUUAGACUGAGCACGUCCGUGCCCAAUCACAUCCCUCCGUAUACCCCCUCAAAAUAGUUAUAUUUGGAACCAUUAGCUACAAUUGGUGCAAUUCUGCGUGUCGGACCUCAGGUAUCAUGGUAUCUCCAGGAGUUCAUUCUAUUUCCUUUAUGUAUUUUCCAUCUCUUUAUGAUCGGUUUUUUAUUCUACUUCUCUUGUGUUUAGUAUAGGAACUAACAGUUGCACCAGCCUGUAGUGGCGUGUUUUGAUGUACAAACCGAUGUUGGGCUCUCCCAAUGCUUCCGGUGUGGUCCUUAUCCCCUCAAACCCACACCGGCGUUGAAUCAAGCCACUGUUUGAGGGGAGUGGGUACCAAGAAACUUCGAGAAACCAAACGGCCUUGAGCCUUG